UGGGGGAGGGGGGGAGCAGAGAGAGAGAGGGAGACACAGAAUCUGAAGCGGGCUCCGGGCUCCGAGCUGUCAGCACAGAGCCUGACGUGGGGCUCAAACCCACGAACCGUGAGAUCAUGACCUGAGCCGAAGUUGGACGCUUAACCAACUGAGCCACCCAGGCGCCCCAGCAGUUUGAUUCUUAAAACCCUUUUUGAUAUUACUGGAUCAGUGUGGACUAUUAGUCCCAUGUGACACAUGUGUUGAGAGGACAUAUAAAUUAAAGCAUUGAUAAGUUGACACCAAACAUGGGAACUGAAGCAAUCUCUGCCCAUCAGAUAAAUAAUCUACUGGUUUUAAGGUGACUUUUACUUUUGGGGGAUAUAUAAUUUCCUUGAAAUUACUAGUUUUAGGAAAAGCCACAGUUAUUUUUCCUGGGUUACUAUUUUAUCUUCAGUUAUAAUUUUGAUACAAGAGCAAAGAGCAGAUUUUGUCUAGCCGUUACCUUUUGUAACUUCAAACAAUUAUACUCUCUUAGACUUUAGCAAAGAAAUUUUAGAGAAAAGACUUUUAAAGUCUUUCACCUCUCCCUACCAAGUAUAGUUGACAUUUUUAGGUCUAAAUAACCAAGGAUGUUUGAGCACAUUCUUUAGCAAAGUAGUUAAUAUUUAAUAAUCAAUUUUUUGGGAUUUGAAGUAUAUGAAAGAAAAUUUGUGAUACCAUUCUAUGAAGUCUGUUAAACAACUUAUUCUCAUCGGUGAACAUUGCUGUAUCAAUUCCUCUAGUAGGAACUGAGGAUGAUGAAAAUUAAUUUUAAAUAAGGGAAAUGAACAUCUUUGAGUUCUGACCUUUCCGUAGACAAAAGCAAACAAUAAGACCCUGAAUAAUUGACAUUCCUUCUCUGGAAUAUGAAUAUUAGGUUCUCCGUGGCAAGUGUAAACUUCAUAUUUGUAAAUUACUCUAGGGUGUUAGUAGAUUAUCAUAGAGAUAGAGACAACUAAAGGAAAUCAUUGCAUUACCUUAUCAAGGGCGUUUUAAGAUAAGGUAAAAUUAUGUCUUUGAAUGGAAAGAUAUCCCAUCUUCAUGAAUUGGAAGACUUGAUAUUAUAAAGGUGGCAAUACUACCCAAAGUAAUCUUCAGGUUCAGUGCAAUCUCUACCAAAAUCCUGGAGGCCUUUUUUGCAGAAAUGAAAAAGUCGAUCCUAAAAUUCAUAUGGAAUUGCAAGGGACUCUGAAUAGUCAAAACAAUCUUGCAAAAGAAAGAUGAAGUUGGAAGAAUCAUACUUUCCAAUUUUAUUUAUUUAUUUAUUUGUUUGUUUGUUUAUUUUUAUUUUAGAGCAUGAGCAGGGGAGAGAGGCAGAGGGACACAGAGAGAGAAUCCCAAGUAGCCUCCAUGCUUAGCAUGGAGCCCAAUGUGGAGCUCAGUCCCACGACACUGGGAUCAUGACUUGGGCUGAAAUCAAGAGUUGGACACUCAACUGACUGAGCCACCCAGGCUCUUCACCCUUUCCAAUUUUAGAAAAGCUACAAUAAUCAAAAGUGUGGUACUGGCAUAAGGCUAGACAUAUAGAUCAAUGGAAUGGACCUGAAAAUCCAGAAAUAAACCCAUAUAUCUAUAGUUAUUUGAGUUUUGACAAGGGUGCAAAGACUAUACAAUGGUUGAAAGGACAAUCUCUUCAGCAAAGGGUGCUGGGACAACUGGACAUUGACAUGCAAAAUAAUGAAGUUGGAUCCCAACCUCACACUAUAUAAUACAAGUAACUCAAAAUGGCUCAAGGACCUAAUUGUAAGAGCUAAAACUCUUAGAAGAAAACAUAAGGGUAAAUCUUCAUGACCUUGGAUUUGGUAAUGGAUUCUUAGGAAUGACACCAAAUGUAUAAGCAGCAAAAGAAAAAAAAAAGAGCUAAAUUGGACUCCCUCAAAAUUUAAAGCUCUUUGCAUCAAAGGACACUAUUAAGAAAGUGGCAAGAAAAUCUAGAGAAUUGGAUAGGACAUUUGCUAAUUUGAUAAGGGCCCUAGUGUCCACAAUGUAUUAAAAACUCUUACAACUCAACAACAAAAAGACAACCCAAUUAAGAUAUGGGCAAGGGCUUGAUUGGACAUUUCUCCAAAAAAGAUAUAAGAAUGGCUAGCACACUUCUGAAAAGAUGUUCAACAUGCGUUAGUCAUUAAGGAAAUGCAAAUAAAAAAUCAUAAUGAGGUACUACUUCAUGCCUACAAGGAUGGCUAUCAUCAAAGCAAACAAACAGAAAAGAAGUGUUGGUGAGGAUGUGGAAAAAUUGGAACUCUCCUGCUUCACUGGUGAGAAUGUAAAAUGAUGUAGCCACUGUGAACAACAGUUUGGCGAUUCCUUAAAAAGUUGAAUAUAGAAUUACCAUAUGACCCAGCGAUUCUGCUUCUAGAUAUAUACCGCAAAUAAUUGAAGAUAUACAGUCAAACGAAUACUUGUACACAAGUGUUCAUUGCAGCAAUAUUCACAGUAGGUAGAAGGUGAAAACAACUCAAAUGUCCAUCAAUGGAUGAAUGAACAAAAUGUGAUCUAUCCAUACAAUGGGAUAUUUUUCAGUCAUAAAAGGAAUGAAGUACUGAUAUUUGCUGCAACAUGGAAGAACCUCAAAACAUCAUGCUAAGUAAAAGAAGGCAGACACAAAAGGUCACAUACCCAGAAUAGGUAAAUCCAUAGAGACAUAAGGCCUGUUAGUGGUUGGCCAGCCUGGAGCAGGGGGAUGGUAGUGACUAUUUAAUGAGUACGAGGUUUCAUAUUGGGGUGACUAACAAGGUUUGGAACUAGGUAGAGGUGAAAGUUGCACGAUAUUGUGAAUAUACUAAAUGUCACUGAAUUGUACACUUUAAAAUGGUUGAUUUCAUGUUAUGUGAAUUUUUAAAAAUUAUGUCAUAUAGUUUUUAUGAUCUCAUAAAUGUGACUUUGCUGUCAUAGUUACCUUGUGACUAUUGGAACCCAUGGGCUUUGCAGCGUUUGUAUGUUGGGAAAGUUCUUUCCAACUGUGGGCAGGAAAACUCAAAGAUGGAUGAUCCCAAGGCUGAAUUGCAGCUGCCCAAGCAAUAAGUGGACCUUUAAAGAUGCAUACAGGGCUGCAAGAGAUGAAGGGAGAAAGUGGAGAGACCAAUGAAGGGAGGAAAAAGCAUGUUUCCUGGCAUAGCGGUGGCGCCAUCAGUGCAAAUUGAUCCUCUUGUGUGUGGUGUUAUCUUAGACUGCAGAAGUCUCUUCAGAUGGAACCUAUUGAUUCAAUUCGGAGCUUCUGGCAGUGGUUCACAGCACCAGCCACUGAUCCCCACUGCUGGGAUCACUUGACUCAUGCUGAACAGUGAUCCUGAAAGGUUUAAUAGGAAAAACUUGCCUUCUGCAAACAACUGAAAAAACUGCCCUCAGAAACCGUUUCUUUGGCCCUCAUGGGGCAGCUGGAACUUCCACAGUGAGGCCUUGGACAGGACAAGCUCUCUCUCCUGCCACCCGCCCCCCCCGACCCCGAUCAGCCAGAGCGGUGGUCACCAUGGCCAGCAAGAGGAAAUCCACCACCCCGUGUAUGAUCCCGGUGAAGGCGGUGGUGCUGCAGGAGGCCGGUGUGGAGGCCCAGCCGGCUGAGACCUUGCCUGAGGGGCCCCAGCAAGAGCCGCCCCCUGAAGUGCCCGCCGGGGGCAGUGGGGAGGUGACCCAGAUGCCCAGCAGUACCGAUGGCACCACACUGGCCAAUGGGCACCGGAGCACUUUAGACGGCUAUUCCUAUUCCUGCAGAUACUGUGACUUCAGAUCCCAGGACAUAACCCAAUUUGUGGGGCACAUGAACUCAGAGCACACAGACUUUAACAAGGACCCAACUUUUGUAUGCACUGAAUGCAGUUUUCUGGCAAAAACUCCUGAGGGGCUUUCUCUGCACAAUGCCAAGUGUCACUCGGGGGAAGCCAGCUUUGUGUGGAAUGUGGCCAAGCCAGACAAUCAUGUAGUUGUGGAGCAGAGUGUCCCCGAGAGCACCUGCACUCCCGACGUCUCGAGUGAGCCCAACACUGAAGGGACCGACGGACAGGCCGAAAUCAUUAUUACCAAAACCCCAAUCAUGAAGAUAAUGAAAGGCAAAGCUGAAGCCAAAAAAAUUCAUACGCUCAAGGAGAACAUCCCCAGUCAGCCUGUCGGUGACGCGGCCUUACCAAACCCGUCGGCAGGGGAGACUGAGGCGAAGGAGGGGGACCACUCCUUUGUCGACGGGGCGGUCCCGGUCGGUCAGCCAGCCGCCGGCUCGGCGAAAGCGCCACACGUGGCCAACGGGCCCCCGAUGGGAACCGUGCCAGUCCUGCCGGCCGGCCUCGCCCAGUUCCUCCCCCUGCAGCAGCCACCCCCCGGGCGCGCCCAGCACCACCACCAGCCGCCGCCCACAUCCAAGUCCCUCCCCAAGGUGAUGAUCCCCCUGAGCAGCAUCCCCACCUACAACGCGGCCAUGGACUCCAACAGCUUUCUGAAGAACUCGUUCCACAAGUUCCCCUACCCUACCAAAGCCGAGCUCUGCUAUCUGACUGUGGUCACCAAGUAUCCGGAGGAACAGCUCAAGAUCUGGUUCACGGCCCAAAGGCUGAAGCAGGGCAUCAGCUGGUCCCCUGAGGAGAUCGAGGACGCCCGGAAGAAGAUGUUCAAUACGGUCAUUCAGUCUGUGCCCCAGCCCACGAUCACCGUCCUCAACACGCCCCUGGUUGCCAACGCCGGCGGCGUCCAACACCUCAUCCAGGCCGCCCUCCCAGGCCACGUGGUGGGGCAGCCAGAGGGCACGGCAGGUGGCCUGCUGGUCACUCAGCCACUGAUGGCCAACGGGCUGCAGGCGCCUGGCUCGUCCCUACCGCCGGCAGUCACGUCUGUCCCCAAGCCGCCCGCCGUGGCGCCCAUCAACACGGUGUGCUCCAACACGACGUCGGCUGUGAAGGUGGUGAACGCGGCUCAGUCGCUGCUCACGGCGUGCCCCAGCAUCACCUCCCAGGCCUUCCUCGACGCCAGCAUCUACAAAAACAAGAAGUCUCAUGAGCAGCUGUCAGCUCUGAAAGGAAGCUUCUGUCGGAACCAGUUCCCGGGCCAGAGCGAGGUGGAGCAUCUGACCAAAGUGACGGGCCUCAGCACCAGAGAGGUGCGCAAGUGGUUCAGCGACCGCAGGUACCACUGCCGGAACCUGAAGGGCUCCAGGCCCGUGCUGCCCGGCGACCAUGGCCCCGUCGUCCUUGACCCCGGGCCAGACACGCCCUUCGCCCCGGCGGCCAAGGCCCCAGAGGGGCCCUGCGUCCCACCGGCGGCCACCCUGGCCGCCCCUCCUUCAGCCAGACGGCAGGCCUGGCACCAGACCCCCGACUUCACGCCGACCAGGUACAAGGAGCGAGCCCCCGAGCAGCUCCGAGCCCUGGAGAGCAGUUUUGCACAAAACCCCCUUCCUCCCGAUGAGGAGCUGGACCGCCUGCGGACUGAAACCAAGAUGACCCGGAGGGAGAUCGACAGCUGGUUCUCGGAGAGACGCAAGAAAGUGAGCGCCGAGGACACCAAGAGGGCCGAUGAGGGCGCCGCUCCGGAGGAGGCGGCGGCGGCUGCGGAGGACGACGUGGGAGAAGAGGAGCUGGCUGGCGACCUGAGGGUCCCUGGCGGAGACGGCUCCCCAGAAGGGGCCGGUGGCCACGCGCUGGCCGAGCGCAAGGUCAGCCCCAUCAAGAUCAACCUCAAGAACCUGCGAGUCACCGAAGCCAACGGCAAGGGCGAGCUCCCGGGGCUGGGCGCCUGCGAGCCCGUGGACGGUGGGCCCGGCGAGCCGGCCGAGCAGCCCCCGGGCAAGGCAAGCUGCAAGAAGACGGCCCAGCAGCGGCACCUGCUGCGGCAGCUCUUCGUGCAGACGCGGUGGCCCAGCAACCAGGACUACGACUCCAUCAUGGCGCAGACCGGCCUGCCGCGGCCCGAGGUGGUGCGCUGGUUCGGGGACAGCAGGUACGCCCUGAAGAACGGCCAGCUCAAGUGGUACGAGGACUACAAGCGGGGCAACUUCCCCCCAGGGCUGCUGGCGGUCGCCCCUGGCAGCCGGGAGCUGCUGCAGGACUACUACCUGAGGCACCAGACGCUCUUCGAGCGGGACCUGCAGAACCUGUGCGACAAGACCCAGAUGAGCUCCCAGCAGGUCAAGCAGUGGUUCGCUGAGAAGAUGGGCGAGGAGACCCGGGCCGUGGCGGACACCGGUGGCGAGGACCAGGGCGCCGGUGAGCCCGCGGCGGCUCACAGAGGGACUGGUGACGGGUACUCAGAGGUGUCGGAGAACAGUGAGUCGUGGGAGCCCGGAGCCCCCGAGGCCAGCUCGGAGCCCUCUGAUGCGCCGAGUCCCCAGGCUGCACUGGAGCUGGAAACAGACUGAAUUUGAACUGAUUACCCUGAAGGACUGGCCAGUCUGGGAUGCUGCCUGCCACGUGAAGGGGCUCCACCCGACUCUCCGCUGCCACAUGCUGUUCCCACGCCCGCAGCUGGGCACACACGAGAGCUUCUGGAGGCCUCGCUGCCAGCCUGGAGCCCACUGCCACCUUGGGCCCGCCACCACCAAGCGAGCCAGCCAGCGGGGAUCGCAGAGUCCUCGUCAGUUCUUCCUCCCACGAUGUAGGACCUUUCCUUUGCCUUCCAGUGGAUAAAAUAGUUCAGAUUUCAUAUUCAUAGACACAAAUCAAGUUUUUAACAUAUAAAUCUGCCUAUACACAUUUAAUAAAACGUCAGAUUGUAAACACUUUCAUUACAUAGAAACUUUGGUUAGCAAGCAGUACAUUGCCGUCUACGUCAUCUCUGAACAUGCCCCGUGUCUCUUCUCUAGAGAUCCCUGGGGCCACGCGUCCCCUCGGCAGCGGGCCGGGGGCACCGCACACUCAGAGGCGUACCUGUGCGCUCCUCCACGAAGGCAGGGCUUUUGAAGAGGUCUCUGCCGUCACGCCGGGCUCGCGUCGCCCUGCGGGAUGAUAAUCUGUGCAGAAGCGCCGGUCCCUGCAGUUUGUACGUGAUGGCGCGUGCUCGUCCCGCCCGAAAGUCCUUACAGCCCUUCUCCUUUUUCAUGGGCGUCGGAAGCAUGGACCAGAACUUUUCGGUUCUCAGAUCCCCUUAGGGAAACGUUUGUUGUCAAGCCUGAUGUACUGACCUAUGUGCCCACAUUUUUGUUUUUUUGUUUUUGUUUUUAAUCUAGAUGUGUUGAGAGUGAGAGGGAAAUUGAGAAAAAGGGGGCUUAAAGUGGAAGCGCGCAGCCCCGGCAGGUGGCUUUGGCCGCUGUGGUGUUCAGAGCCCUUGACCCUCACUCGCUUCAAGGCUGCCUUUGGUUGGGAAGGAAGACCUGCACUCAGCCAGUAGUCCGAGUGAGAGCUGACAGGAUCUGGGACUCCGGAGUUCUCAGAGCUGGCGUGGGCUUGCACGCGGGGGUUCCUGGCGGGACGCCCAGAGUACUCGCGGCCCUCACGCCAAGGGCCUGGCUGGGUGCUGGACAUCACCGGACGGGUGCUUGUGAGGAUUUUUCAAGUUCUGCAUUUCUGUCCCCAAAACUUGGAAACAAAAUCUUGGUCUACUUUAGCCUAAUCCUCCCAUCCGUUUUUUUUGUUUUGAGAAAAUCACAGGAAAAGGUGCUUUUGCAACACUGGGGAACUUGCUUACAGAGCUGUACUACAUGGUAAAGCCUUCUCUCCCCAAGACGGGCUGCUCUGACAGCAGCGGGUGGAGGGUGGGGCAGGCAGAAGGCCCGUCACGUGUACUUCUCACCUUCUGGGGACCACCCGCUUCCCAAAGCACCGCGACCUCAUGAGCACGCUCCUCCCGGGCCCAGGCUGGGUGAGUGGCAGGGCCUUUGGGCAAGAAACCCUGGCGGUGGGCUAGGCGUCGUCCUUCUCCCCAACCCCACGUGGGAACUGAACUGCGUGGGGCACUGUGCUGGCUUGGCUCCAAGGACUGAAGGUGGUGGUGGCACCUUCUGCCUUCCAGGAGAGGGGCUGUCUUUGCCAACCCCAAGCCCUUGAGCCCCUGUUCUUCUAAAGUGUCUUCUCUUCUCCCGGGCCCUGUAGGGACCACCUCUUAGUUGUUAACAAGUGAGUACUUGGCAAGUUUUGCACCCCAUGUUUGUGUCCUUUCCAUCUGAGUGUGAAGCUCUUUAGCCCCAAGGGCCUGUUUCCAGAAUUGCAAGAGUGGUGAGUGAUUCUUCCUUCAGAGAACAGACACCUGGGAUUUUUCCUUUAGUGUUUAUGUACAUGCAGAUUAAUUUAUAUAUACACAUAGAUACAGGACAAAUACUCACUUUGAUACUUUACUCAGAAGAUGUACAUCUGAGGUGUGCACCUGAGGAAUCUAGUGGCGUGAGGGUGCCGGGGACAGUAGCCUGUGUUGAAGGCAGUGCUGGGAUCCCAGGUGCGGCUGGGGUGGCCCAGCCGGAAACCAUCAGUGUCUGAGACACCACCCUGUGGGCCCCUCUCCAAGUCCUGCACAUACUGGCCAGAGGGUUGUGUCUUUAGAGAGGGUUUUCUUGGUUAUUUAAUUUGUGUUCAUAUUUCAUUUACAACCCAAACAGCAAAACAAAAAACGAAUUACGUGGUAGACAAGUUGGUGCAGGACAUAGGGACCCCGCCUCGGCACCAGCCUGUCUUUGAAAGGUGGGAAAGCUCCGUCCGGUGCUGCCGCCUGGGCGUGUUUUCCUCACAGAUGUUCGCUCUCCCGGCGCCCAGGGCCACCCCGCACAUGGCAGGACCGCCCAGGUAAGGAGCCCCGCAGACUGGAUGGUUCCUCCCCCCCACUGCGCUCUUGGACCGGAUUGGGUAGUGGGGUUGGAGCCUCAGACAAUGAAAGGUGAAGGCAAGAGAGACAGGUCAGCGAGCGGGUGGCCCAGGAGAUGUUGCAGCAGGUGCACAGGGCUUUGGGCGCUUGAGGAAUACAGCUGCCCCGGCACGCGGAAGCACGCUGGCCCGGAACCGGAACUGCACCCCGUGCGUCGGGCCCCUGUCCUGUUGUGAGACAUCACUGCGGUUUUGCACACCGCCGGAGGGUGUCUGUGACGUCGCCUCCAUUAAGAAGGCAGUCUGUGGGCUGUAGAGCUGAGAGAAGUGGGACGGGGUUUCCUAAAGUGACUGGUCUUCCCCUCUUCUCCCAACGCACUUGGACUUGUCACGGUAGUAAAAUCUUUGGUGUUUCUUGUUGCCUAUCUUGCACGUUUGGUUUAUUAAUAUUUUUACACGGAGUUGUAGAUCCAGUUUUAAUGGGUGAAACUAGAUCAUCAUUCUGAUCAGAGAAAUCUGAAUUUAUGAUACAUACACUUUGCAUAUUAAAAAAAAAUUUUUUAAUGUUUUUUUUUGAGAGAGAGAAACAGAGCGCAAAUUGGGACAGAGGCAGAGAGAGAGAGAGAGAGACACAGAAUCCGAAGCAGGCUCCAGGCUCUGAGCUGUCAGCACAGAGCCCAACACGGGGCUCAAACCCACGAACUGCCAGAUCAUGACCUGAGCCAAAGUUGGAUGCUUAACCAACUGAGCCACCCAGGCGCCCCUACUUUGCAUAUUUUGAUUACUUAUUUGAAUUCUUGACUAUUAAAGAGCUUUUUGAUUUGAGAGGAGCGUUCCCAUUUUCGGGAGUCGAGGGUUCCAGAGUGUUGGAUGGCCUGUUUGGGGUUUGGUAGCAUCAUGUGACUUAGAGCUCCUGGCUUGGCCAAGCUGCGUGGGUGACCAAAGCACCAGGACCUGAAGGCCUGCUUUCCGGAAGGACAGGUGCGGGAGCUGGGCAGGGUGCUGUACUGACGGUGCCGUCCGAGCUGGCCGUGGGAGGCUGACCCACCGGGAAGUUUCUGCAGGUUUUCCAGGCUGAGUUGUGGCUCUUAUCCUGCACAGGUCCUGUGUUACCUCCCUCUCCCCUCUGGCUCUGGGACAUCUGUGCCGGGCCGCCUUCCAUGGAGGGUGGGCGUUGGCCUUUCUGGCUGGGUGCUCGCCUUGUCCGCACACCCUUCUCAGCAGCCUGCCUGUGCUGCCCGCUCUCGGCCCUGUUGCCUUGUGUCUGCCUGUUCUCUUCUUGUACCGAGAUCCUUGGGUUUGAGCAGCUUUGUCAGUUUAAAUGCCACAGUCCACGUGGAUAAAGGCACUUUGUAGAAGAGAACCAGCCAAACCAAACCUGAAAUUUGGGUUUUUUCUAAUUUUCCCCCCUUUUCCUUGCUCAGAGUUUACUCAGGGCAGGUUAUUGAUUUGACCCACCUUUUGUAUUAAGUUUACAUUUGCCUUUAUCUUAUCAAUGUGGAAGGCUCAGUUGUAAGCCGGAGAAGAAAAAUCCUGUAGAUGUGCUAGGGUCCACACAGCUACUUCCAGGCCAGAGCCAGCAGCUUCCUGGGGCAGGAGGCAAACAGGGCUGGGCUCUCCUCACUACUGCCCGGGGCCGUCUCCAGGUCUCCUGACUCCACUGCUUUGCUGAGGAGCACAGGCUCGCCUAGCCUUCUUCCUGCCCAGACCUUGGGGCGCAUCUCCGUGUGGCUUGGGGGCCGUCUGGCACCUGAGAAAGCAGGGAGUGGGGAGCCGAGCUUUCUUUUGAAUGGACCCCUCCCCAAGCCCAGCUUCAAUCUGAGGUAACCAUCGUGCUGUUUCUCUGGCCACUUAGAACAGCCAGGCUGUGCGACACCAGGGCUGAGAAAACUAGGCAACGUCUCAACAAAGUGACGGGUUUUGAUUUGGGCCAAGUGCCUGGGUAGAGGUGACGAUCAUGAGUGCCACCCAGGCAAGCUCUAAGUCCCACACGGAAUGGCGAGGCCUGUGUUGUGUACCUUGGCACCGGUCGUCCCAGGAAGGCAGUUCACUGAGCCACCCCGCAUCUGUAUGUGGGGGGUGUAAAGUAAAGGGCUCAGGGCGUUUGGCCCGGGGGGUGAUCCAGGGUCUGCUUUUUUGUUCUUCAGUCCUGCGCGCACUUGUGAAGACUGGCCACUAACCUGGCCUGUCUUCACCAGACUGGAGAUUGGACAGCCCGGAUCCAGCAGGAAGCAACGAUUCUACCUGCCAAAGUCCGGAGCAGGGGCAGAAACCUGAUGCCCGGCACGGCCUAGGCAGGCGCUGGUCACCCCAUGGACAAGGGUGGGAGCAAGCACCUGCUGCCUUGACUUUUAAAAACGCUCUCCUUGGUUUGCAGGACCGCCAGGAUCCGCAAAGAGCAUAUGACUACUGCUCUGCUGUCACCAGCCCCAAGGCUUUAGCAGCCCUCAGCGCCUGGCCCUUGUGGCUGCUCAGGCUGGAGCCAGAAGGAGGGGUCUGCACUGCGAGCAGGGCCCUUCUGGCGGGGGCAGGGGUAGCUGCCUUCUCUUCUGCUGUCUGCUGGGGGCAGGUGGCAAGCCAGGGUACCGGAGAGGGGUCUGAGCAUCCACCUGCCGUUAGUGCCUCUUCUUCUGGAGCCUGGCCCUCCUCUGUGUGCACGUGCGUACCCCUGAGCACUUGAAUGUCGAUGAAUAGCUUUUCCUGGCUAAUGCUUUUAUAACUGUUGUUCCUUUCCACUAUAAGUGGGUGACUUAGGAGUAUUUGGAAGAAGCAUUCGGCUGGAGCCGAAGGUAAAUUGUCCAGGGUAAAGACUGUUUGGAGUCCCUGAAUAUAGAAAGCUACAAGUGCGUGGUCUUUCCCAGGAGUCAAACCCCAGAGUAGAUACACUGGUGGAGGGUAACAAUCUACUCACGUGGUAGCUGUUCUGUCAUUUGUGUUUAAAGAGAGAGAUGGUCACUCAUCCUUGGUUCCUGCCCCCACACAGUGACCUCAUUCUUGCAGUUUGCUUGAAAUGCUGGUGGGGCAGGAGUCCCAGGCUGUGUGGAGCUGGCUGGAGGGGGAGCCGGGCCGCCCUCAGUACGGACCCAGCGUGGUCCUCGGGCCAGGGGAGAAGGGGUGGCCCGUGCAGAGGCGUUCCCGCACUGCCGCGCCAUUUAGCUGUGUCGGGAAAACCUGACUGUGCCAUAAUCGUUAUUACGAAGAAAACGCCAACCAACCUUCCCCUCUCCCCUGCCGGCCAUCGUCCAUUGAAAGUUAACUGAGCACAGUCUUUGUGGAAGUCAGGGAGGUUGCCAGAGCUGUGGCGUCCUGCCUGAGAGUGCUGAUUCCUGGUUUUCUACCAUCCAUUUACCUUCUGGCCUUCGGAGUGACCGGAGGCCCUGGGAAUGGCUGGGGUGCAGUCAGCUUUUGUGCGCCUCCCAGAGAAAUGGCUGAAAGACGUGGUCACCUUGGUGCUAAGAGACAACUGCCCUGUUUGCCCAGAGGCAAUCUGCAACUUCACCAAACUAUACAAGAGGGUCCCCUGACUGCGGUGGCCAGGAGUGAGACCAAACCAAGGGGGCACACUCUGUCGGUCAGGCCUGGGUGGAAUGGGAGUUCUUUAUCCAGAGUACGUGUUUUUAACAGAAAGCCGUAACUCACCUUCGGACAGUGGCUAUGCUGAGGUGGGGGUGGGCUGUCCUCUCUGGGCUGCCUCCAGGCCUCACGAGGUCCCCUGUGGGGAUGCUGCUAUUUCUAAGAUGCAAAUUGCACAUUUCCUAGAUUUUGUAUCUGUGGAUUUGGAGAAGGGAGGGAGCAGGGACAAACUGCGUAUACAAUUUGAUAUGGGCAGAAAUGGUACUUCAGAUCUUUUGAUUGUUCCUAAAUAAAAACAUAAAUAUGUUUCACA